GUGAGUGAGUGGUGUCAGAAGCGGCUGCUGUAGUCAAACGUUAGCAGCAUUUAGCAAGAUGGCUGCCCCUGGCUCCAUGGAUAUGAUUGUCGUGUGGGAAUGGUUUAUGCAAGGGGUUUGGCGACCCUACGAUCCACUCAUCACAAAUUUCAUCGAGAAAUACAGAGCGAUAAACAGCCGUAUAAACCUCGGUGCUGUGGAUCAAAAGUUAGUUAUGUACGAUAUAGAUUUCGUCACCCAAACACAAGUGCGGCACGGUACAGGUACAAGCCGUCCAAUAAGGCGCCAGCUUUACCCCCGAGACAAUCCCGCAGGAAAAGGCAUUGUUUGGCAAUGGGAGGCUGACCAGCCUGGCAACUGGCAAAUGUUUGACAUGAUCACGCUGUGUCUCAUUGAGUCUUCCUGGUUACAAGGCUUACAGAGCGUUGAUCUUAGCAAAUCACCCAACAUUUGUAUGCCGUACUUUUUAGAUUUGGCUUCCAUGAAGCAGAUCCGCAUUGAGACUGGUAAUGCGAGGAAGAUUCGCCGUACAACGUUGACGUAUUUCUACCCGCUGGCCGUAGCUUCUCCCAUGAUGCCAGCCCUGAACAUGCAUUCGCCAAUGUCGCAGACAUCCCCGUUGGCACAGCAGCAGGUUCCCCCUUCGUUAUUGCAGCAGCAACAACAACAACAGCAGCAGCAACAGUUUCAGCAGCAGCAACAACAACAACAACACCCCCACCAUCACCACCAACAACAACAACAUCAGCAUCACCAUCAACAUCACCCUCAACAACAACAACAACAGCAGCAGCCACAGCAACAACAACACCAACAAGCACAUUUCAUUCCAAGCAUAACGAGUAACAGUAAUAUUAUUGUUAACCCUAAUUUAAAUACUGCUGGCAUGAUUGGUGCUGGUAGCAGACUUGGGAAUCAGACCCCUUUGUAUGCUCACCCAUCUCAAAUGCAACUGUCACAACACCCUCAGAGUGCUCACCACAGCGGACAGAUGAUAGGCCAACAGCAGCAGCCAUCCAUGUCUUUACAGCCUGUACACUGUCAGCCUCGUCAAGCAUAUUUACCCCCGUACUCCGGCUAUAGCAAUGGCUUGGACCCUUUAGCUAACGGGGUCCAGUCGACAAGGGCUCUCUUUCACAUGCCAGGUGCACACCAACCUUCUCUAUCCAAUGCUUCUGUGCCUCUCAACCAACCAACUAACAUGAAAACUAUUGGACGUUUGAUCAGCCCUGUCGUAUCAAAUAUCACAAACAUUUUGGUAUCUCCAGCCAUUCCAGUUCGGUUACCUCCGGGACAGAUUCACCAUGGUGCAGUGUCUGGUAGAGCACAGACUCAUGGACGUAUCUCUCUUACCAAAUCUUCAACUAAGUUAGGUCGGGGUGCUGGAGAGGUACUAAAGAAUUAUGUCAAUAAAGUAGAUCAACCACCAGCAGAAGAGGAUUGCUGUAUCUGUUAUGAAAAGAUUGACCAGCCAUCUGGCUAUGGUGAUGGCAUUGAUAAAGAAUGUGUUAAAUUAAAGAAAUGUGGCCAUUUCUUCCACAGAUUAUGUUUGUAUGCCAUGUACAAUAAUGGACAUAAGGAUGAUAGUAUCCAGUGCCCGACCUGUAAGACCAUAUAUGGUAAGAAACUUGGUAACUGUCCAGAUGGUGAGAUGGACUACAUAACAAUUCCAGAAUCCCUACCGGGAUAUCAGAACACUGGAACCAUCCGAAUAUUAUACGACAUCAAAGCUGGUAUUCAGGGUCCUGAACAUCCUAAUCCUGGUAAACGGUUCACGACCAAAGGAUUUCCUAGGUGUUGCUAUUUACCUGAGAACGAGAAAGGAAGAAAGGUUCUAAGUUUACUGAUAAAAGCCUGGAAAAGACGUUUAAUCUUUACAAUCGGGACAUCCACAACAACAGGGGAGGCCAACACGGUCACAUGGAAUGAGAUCCACCACAAAACAGAGCUAUACACCAACUACACCGGACACGGUUACCCAGAUCCUAACUACUUAGACAACGUACUCCUCGAGUUGGCCGCACAGGGCGUCAUUGACGAUGGCUCCAGUGACGAAAGUGACUCAGAGAUAAAAAGCUCUUCUCUGGACUCAGGUGUUGAAAUGGCAGUUAGCAGUUAAGUAGUGUGUGUCGUUAGUCCUAACAACACACCCCUGACACUCAUAGAUUUCAGUUUAAUCAACGUAUGUUAUAUAUUUUUUUUAUAUAAUUUUCCUAUUCCUAAAUUUUCCACUGCCCCCCUCCUCCUCAUUUCAAUUAAAAUUUUACCUUGUCUUGGUGACUAAUGUUUUAGAAAUCGAAGAAGUCUGUUCUCGUUAAGCUGAUUUAGUCUCUUUUUUCUUUUCAUUUCCUUCACUUUGGUGUAUAGUAUCACUUCUCAUCUUUAAUAAUAAAAGCACUAUGCUAUUUCCUUUUCAUAUAAACAGUGUUGUAUUACAAUAGCCUAAGUUUGUGUGUACAUCUCUCGUAAUACGACAGCAUUAGGCUAGCCAAGAGGAUCACAUACACUUCUCGUGUGGCCUUUUCUUUUUAGACAUUAGGACGUGAUUUGAGGGAAGUUUUAACUGUUAUUUCUAGCAUUCCCUUUAAACCACUUUAACCUCUUAUCUCCCUUAGGUGGUGUACAAGUUCCCAUUUAACGAAGCCCUGCUAAGGCUUUUUUCUAGUCUGGUCGUAUUAGGCUUAGCAUAUGCUGAUGUGUGUACUUCUUAUAAAGGCAGUCUUCAUAUAGUCUGCCUUUUUUUUUUCUUUUCUAUUUUUUCCUUUUGUUAUUUUCUUUUUCUAAGCAGGCUGACAUAUUUUUACUGCUCACGAAUUUCCUCAUUGUAGAGGGAAAUAUUUUUGAAAACAAAAAAAUGAAAAUCUAACCUCAAGGUGUGUCAUUUCUUUUUUCUAUUUUUUUUAUCUGUGUACAUGCAAUAUAAAAUUUCAUUAAUCUCUGAGCUAAAUCACACACACAAACAAACAAACCAGGAACAAAAAUGAUUUCUAUAAUUUUAGAUUCCUUUUUUUAUAACAAACAGGCUGACUACUUUCUGUCUAUAUAUAUAUAUAUAUACAUAUACUCUUUGUUUCAGUCAUUAGACUGUGGCCAUGCUGGGGCACCACUUAAAAGAAUUUUUAGUUGAAGUAAGGCCUUGUCCUUAUUCUAGCAAUCUUUCUUGCCACACUUGAGUUAUGGGGAUGUAAACAUACCAACACCAGUUGUCAAGCUGUGGGGGGAGGAGGACAAACAGACACACACACACACACAAACAGGCAUCUUUUGGUUUCCUUCUACCAAAUUCACUCACAAGGCUUUGGUCAACCCAAGGUUAUAGUAGAAGCCACUUGCCCCCCCAGGUACCAGUGUGACCAAACUUGGAACCAUGGAGUUGGGAAGCACACUUCUUCCCUUCCCACACAGGCUUUUAGGCACAUUUAAAAAGAAAUAUAUGUAAUCAUGUGUGGUUGUAUGUUUCUGAGAGAGAAAGUGUGCAUAUGUGUAUUCUUUUGCCAGUUUCAGCCCAAAACUGCAGCACUGCUAUUAUGUGUGUAAUGGAACCCUUAUAACUAGUCAAGUCAGGGAUGUCUCUGGUCUUAGGAACUGUCACUUAAGCAUCCCAGCAUUGGGACUGUGCUGUGUAGCUGGGCAAGACACUUUAUCUCUGGAAAGUCUGAUUUUUCCUAGCUGUGAAUAAGGAGAGGUACAGCCCAUCUACAGAGAACAGUGACUUUGACAUCAAGGGCAUAUCAUUUCUUGGUCUUUGAUGAGGUAAAUGUGGGAUUGGGUGAACUGCCCCUUCCGUGGAAACGACCAGCUCUUAAGCAGAAGCCCAAUGGUCCAACAUUUAUAAGUAAGCAUAUCAGGAUAUUUUGCUUUUUUUAAAAUAGAUUUGUUGGUGUAUUUGUUGCUAGGUGCAGGCAUGGCUAUGGUUAAGAAACGCGUUUUGUAACCACGAGGUUUUGGGUUCAGUCCCACAGCAUGGCACCUUCAGCAAGUGUCUUCUACUAUAAAGCCUUUUGCUGGCUGAUGUCUUGUGAGUGAAUUUGGUAGAAGAAAACUGGAAGCUUAUAGUGUGUGUGUCCCAUCACAUCUUGCCAAUUGGUGUUGGUUUGUUAACAUCCCUGUAACUUAGCAGUUUGGCAAAAGCAAUCGAUAGAAUAAAGUACCAGGCUUAAAAAUCAAAACUGGGGUCCUGGAGUCACUUUGCUUAAAACCCAUCGAGACAGUGCCCCAGUAUGGCCGGAGUCCAACGACUGAAGUGAAGCGUAGGUGGGAAGUAAUUAAUGUAGGCCCUCACCCCCUUUUUUUACCACGCAUAUACACACACACACAUUCACAAACACCUUGUGAUAAGUGUAGACAAAUUUGGAAUAUUUUUAAUUAUUUUAUGCAUGUCUUUUUGACAUGAUGCAUCUCUCCCUCCUCCUACCCCCCCCCCGUUCACAAACUUGUUUCGGGGGAGUUUUUACUCUUUCAAAAUAUUUUUCUCUCAUUUUACUUCUCACUGUUCCCACCACCAUUCUCUCUCUCUCUGUCUCUUACAAAAAAAAAAAGAAAAAAUCCCUUUUCUCCUCUCUUUCUACAUCUUAACUGACAUUAGAUCCCUCUUCCACCAAGAAGUCUACUUCUAAUCCUUAAUAAUAUAGGUUCACAUUUUUGGCCUGGUCAACAAGGAGGGGGGGUUGCAUUGGAACUGACCAGGAGACCUCAGCAGUUUUCUAUCCCUUUCUAUCGUUGCUAUUAUUUAUUGACCAAUUUGGUACAGUGGCGGUGAACAAUAAAAGUACCUUGUAGUGUACUGGUCCCAACCAUCCCGCCUCUUCAUUGUUGUUUUUCUUUUUCCCCGUUUAAUUUACGUCAUGACUUCAAAUCCACCAUCACCGAGUUCGGUUUUACUUGUCAUCCAUCCUUCCUCCACAAAUGAGUUCGAAGAGGGGAUGGGGAAAUGGGGGGGGGCAGGGAGCUCGAUAAAAUAAAGUACGCCAGUGGAGUACUGGGAAUCGAUGUCGUCGGCUUCAAACCCCUACCAUCCCCCUCCACCAAACGUCCAUAAUUUGCGGCGCUGUUUGCGCCAAAGUAAGACAUCAUUAUUUAUUGAAAGAUAAAUUCUCCUCACCCCCAUUCCACCCUAAAAAAAAUAAAUUAAAAUCUAAAAACAGAAACAAAAAAAAAAUCAAAACAGAACAAACAACAGCUGAUCUUUCCCCCGACCCUCGCACCCCACUUUAGAACAUUUGCAUUUGUACAAUGAUUUUCUUGGCCUUAAAAUUAACACAUCCUUUUGAAAUUUAUUUCCCCCCACCCCUUGUCCUUCUUUUGAUUGAGGUUGAAGUGUUUUUUUUUUUUUUGUCUUGUGAACCUGAUUCUAUCUCUCUCACCCCCACCCUCACCCCCCCAAUCUCUGGUUUGCAGUCGAGCUGCCUUUCAGCAGAAUUUGCAAAA